GGGGAGCAGCCGCCCUCGGUACCGUGUGCUGGGGGUUUGGCACAAAGUGCGUGUGUCAUCAGUAAUUCAUUUAUUUUAGACGAUCCAGACCUGAAAGAUAUUGACCCUACAGUAUUAAAACAUUGCCAUGCUGCGGCUGCAACGUGUAUUCUGGAGGCAGGGAAGCACAAAGCCGAUGUAUCUGCCAUAAGCACAUGUCUAGAAGACUGUAAACUGGAUAAAGAGAGAAUAGAACAAUUUUGCACCGAAUACCAGAAAAACAAGGAUGCAUUGGAAAUCCUAUUGGGAAGCAUAGGCAGAUCUCCUCUCCAUGUAACUGAUGUGUCUUGGCGCUUGGAAUAUCAGAUCAAGAACAAUCAACUUCAUAAAACUUAUCAGCCUUCCUACUUGGUGACCUUAAAUGUAGAGAACAGUGAUUCAGGAUCACACCCUGAUGUUAGCUUUAGUUGUACGAUGGAGCAAUUACAGGAUUUAGUUGGAAAACUAAAAGAUGCUGCAAAAAGUCUAGAAAGAGCGACUCAGAUGUGAUUGAAGGAAGGUGUCAGCCUGCUGAGCUGCAGUACUCUCAUUCCUAAGAGUGUCUUCUAAAUGACAAAUGUCUUUCAUCUCUUGAUCUCUUUUUUUUUUUUAAGUCCUUGGAUGUGAAUUAAGUGAAAUAACUUUAUUGCAUCCGCACUUGGUAUUCCUUGCUAGUGUCAUUUUUUUUUAAUUAACUCUUGUUAAAUAUUGGCUUAACUGUCGUGCCAUCAAAGCAUUCCUUCUGUCUUACUUUGUAUAUUUUUACAAUUGUCACUGCGUAUUUUUCACUGGGCUC